AUGGCUAGCCACAAUCACACUUACGAUGCAGACUCAGACCCGGAAAAGAAGAUUGCGGCAUUCGAUGAUGGGGCGAUACGUUCAGGCUCCGUGCCAGAGAAUAUCCUCAAGCAUUCUCACGAUGCGGACGAGGCGAUGAAAGCCUUCGAGGGCCAGACCGGCGAAGUGAUUGAUAUCGACGAAGCUACCAACAAGAGAUUACGCAGGAUCAUCGAUUGGAAUCUGAUGCCAAUCAUGUGCACGAUCUAUGGUCUGCAGUAUCUGGAUAAGACGACGUUAUCUUACGCUUCCAUCAUGGGACUUCAGACUGAUCUGCGUCUGGUUGGGGACAAUUAUCAGUGGCUGGGAAGCAUGUUCUACUUUGGCUACUUGGCCUGGGAAUAUCCUACGAAUCGCCUGUUGCAACGACUGCCACUUGGAAAGUACUCAGCGGUGUGUAUCAUUCUUUGGGGUCUGGUCUUGGCUUGCUUUGCCGCUGCCAAAGACUUCUCUGGCGCCGUGGCGAUCCGUUUCUUUCUCGGAUUGACAGAAUCGGCUGUGACACCAGGCUUCGCCCUUCUGACCAGUCAAUGGUACACGAAAGCAGAGCAAGGAUUCAGAGUAAGCAUUUGGUUUUGCUGGAACGGAAUCGCUCAGAUCAUUGGAGGUGUGGUCGCCUAUGGCAUCGCAGUGGGGACUGAAAAACAUCCGGCGAGUCUUGCAGGAUGGCAGAUACUUUUCCUGGCGACUGGACUAGUGACCUCCGCAGUGGGCAUCGUCUUCCUUUUCACAGUACCAGACAACCAAAUGAACGCUCGAUGGCUGAGCAAAGAAGAUCGCGUUCUCGCCCUCCAGCGAAUUCGAGUUAAUCAGCAAGGGGUUGGAAACAAACAUUUCAAGAUGUACCAACUUCGGGAAGCGUUGACAGACCCGAUGGUCUGGGGUUUCGCGCUUUACGCCCUCGUCGCAGAUAUCCCCAACGGAGGCCUUACCAACUUCUUUUCUCAGCUCAUCACCAGCUUUGGCUAUACCAAGCAGCAGUCUCUGCUCUAUGGCACGCCGGGCGGUGCGGUCGAAGUGGUUGUUCUGCUUGUGACUGGUUUCCUAGGGGACAGGCUUGGAAGUCGUAUUCUCACGUCAUCUGGCGGUAUGAUUCUUGCGAUCCUGGGAAUGGCGCUCAUCGUCGGACUGCCUCUCGAAGGAUAUAAUAAUGCUCGACUUGCCGGAUACUAUCUCACACAAGCGAGUCCAACGCCUUUCGUCUGCUUCUUGUCGCUGAUAUCCACCAACGUAGCUGGAUAUACGAAGAAGACUACUACGGCAGCGUUGUAUCUCAUCGCGUAUUGCGUGGGCAACAUUAUCGGCCCUCAAACUUUUCGUCCCAGUGAUGCACCACGCUUCGUCUCCGCCGAGGUUACGAUUCUUGUAUGCUAUUGCGUCUGCCUCUUGAUCAUGGCCUUCAUAUAUUUCUGGUGCCGAUUACAGAAUGCUAAGAAGGCCGAGAUUCGUGCCCAGCCGGGAUACGAGAAGUUGGAGAAUCAAGAGUGGCUGGAUUUGACAGAUGUCGAGAAUCCGGAAUUUAUCUACGUAUUGUAG